UGCGUUCGUUUGCAACGCGUGGCGUCGUCCAGAGACGUCCUAACCUUCACGCGCACGUACCGGACAUCCCUCUUAAGAGUUUUAGUUUAACCUGCAGGAUUUUAGGCAAAAUGGCGACAGUGUGAUGGACGGGAGGCGAAAUCGUGCAGCAAUCGCAUGGCACGACAAACCUGCCGUUUGUUACCCGCCGGAACGUCGCAAAGGCUGGUGUUGGAACAUCUUGACGGUGCCCAUGUUUGGGAUCACGUUGAUGGUGCUUGUGUCAUGGCAGCCGUGAGGGACAGCGCAGCGGAAACGAGUGUGGUGGGCUCCGAUGAAGAUCACGUUGCUUCCACCAAUAACAACAGCAGGGCGAGACCACUGGAGGACUCUGCUUUGGCCAGCCACCAAAGCCUUUUAAAUGGGGCCCAGCCAAACCCAUUUAUCCACGACGGCAUCCCGGCUGCCCCCUGCCCAGACGAUUCAUUGCCUCCAGGAGCACCUGUUAAUGGACCUGCUUCACACCGUCCCUCAGAAGAGUCCCCCGUCCCCAACAAAGACCCGCCGCCUUGGCCCAGGUCAGGCACCAGCCCUCAGGGUUUAGGGCCUCCCAGUGAGCUUCCAUCAGACACUCGGCAAACACCAGAAGGGUACGCUCUGGAAGCGACGCGCACGCGAGCCUCGUCCGAGUCGGACGCCAGCGACAGCGACACGCUCGCAGGGGGUGAUGUGGACAACAGGCUGGUCGGCAGUUCGGGGGCAAGAGAGCCGGCUUCUUGGUGGGAGGUCGACUCGGAGUCGUCGGAAAGCUCGUCGGAUGACCGCGAGGGCACGAACGGGGGCCUCCAGGAGAAGUUCAUACGCUUCCUAUUUAAAAGUAGGGUGGUUGGGGGUGGGGCAGAAAAGGGACGCACGGAGCUGGAGGGCCCUCCACCCGCUGACCAGAGGCGGAGGAAGCAGAAAACGCGCAGGACGGAAAGGACACCGGCCGAGGAGGAAGGCAGCAGCCGCGCGUCCCUUUCUGACGGGGACUCGGAUUUUGACGCGUCCGUUAACGAAGGACGUGCCAGGAGGACGAGAAGGCCGGAAGGUUUGGGAAUGCGGGCAGGUUCGCGGCUGGGCGGUUCCCGCGGCACGGCAGCCUUUGCGAAGGAGCUCGUUCUGAGCGAGGGUGCGGGCGUAGAUGGGGUGCGGGCAGGCGGCCCCCCGGGGGGCAGAGCUGCGCCAUUAAAGAGGAGACUUGAAACUGGCACGGAGCUGGAGCCCUCGUUUUCCCAGUGCACGAAGUGCGACGUUACUUUCAAGGAGAAGGGGCAUCUGCAUAGGCAUGUGAUGUAUCAUUUAGAAAGGCAGGGAAACCGCCCACGCACCUUUAUAUGCCGAGAGUGUGGGCGUUCGUUCUGUGAGCAUUCCUCCCUGCAGAAACAUGCGCUGAUCCACCAGGCGCAGAGGGAGAAGCUGAUGGAGGAGAUUAAAGGUCUGAUGGACGCGGGAGACGAGGACCCAGAAGCCCAGCUGCGGUGCUCACCGCGAGCCUUCGCCACCGCAUGCCCUGAAAAGUUCGUUCGACACACCAGGACGCUCCGGAAGGUUGACCGACAUAGCACAGCCCGCUGGCGAGCGGCCCACCGAGGCAAAUCCAUACAAUCGUUUGACACGUUCCUGUGUAAAAUCUGCACAUUUAGGACCAAGAAUAGGAAUGUUUUGAGAAGGCACUCGGCACUUGUUCACGGGCAGCCUUUUUCUGAUCACAAACUUCAGUCGCACGACAUGGUGACUGACCGCGCAAGGUCUGCAUAUGACCAGGACACGUUACCAGGCGAGCUGGAAGCGGAAGGCUGGCCUCCACUUUUGCUAAAGCCAAAGUUUCUCAAAGAGCCGGAAAACCGGAGAACAGCAGGGUUAUCUGUCUGGUCCAAUGGCCUUUCUGACCUCUAUGUGAGAGAGGAAGAUGCACACAAAUCCUGUAAAGGGUUGAGUUCCCCACUGAUCAAGUGGAGCUUUGGCAGCUUAGCAAACAACCUGUCACCAUCUUCCCUGAGAUGUGACAAUCCAAGUAAAUUAUCUCUGCCUACAGAGAGAAUAGACGCGACAACAGGUCUCGCAUACGUCGAAGAGGACACUCGAGAAUAUGAAAGUUCUGUCUCCGAACAGAGGACCAAGUAUCUCACCGGCUUUGAUGUGCAAGUUAUGGCCGAGGCUGCCGUCUAUGGCAAAAAAUCGCAUCUGAACCACGUCACCUCUAAUGGCCCCAGACAGCCCCCAGCCAGAGGUGACACAGCAUCGUUGGCUCACAGAAAAAGCCUAAAAUCUCCCUCCAAAAGAAAAAUGUCCAUUCCUUACCACAACACUUUUCCAGUUUUACCGAAACACGAACCGGCGUCUCCAGACUCUGACUCUGACUCCCCGAAGGGGGGCGGCUACGAUGACGCAAAUAAUGUCGACCGCACUAAUGAUGCUAAUCCGGCUCAUGACGUUGAUUACCACGCUGUCACCAUGGCAACCACUUCGGACCACUAUGCCCAACACGGGUUCCCAUUUAAGACAGAAGACAGCCGCGACUCCGCCGAUUGGGCGGGUCACGAUAGCAACGCGGAAGACGAUGACGAGAUACACACGAUCGUGGUGAAAGAGGAGAGCGUCAGGAGCAAAGUGGGUGGGCGCGCUACGGAGUCUGCUCACCGCAACCACGUCUGCGCUUACACGGGCUUCCCUGCCUGCUCUGUGUUUGAGAUCGACCGCAAGUCCUGUCCAUAUUGUCCUGCUGUGUUUGAGUCAGGGGUCGGCUUGUCCAAUCACGUGAGAGGACACCUGCACAGGAUGGGGCUGAGUUAUGAAGCUCGUCACAUGCUGUCACCUGAGCAGGUGGCCAGCCAGGACCGCCAGCCCCGAAUCCGCAGAAGAGUCCCCUCCAUGUGCAAAAGAAACAAGAGAGCGGACAAACCAGAGUCACAAACCGAACACACUUGCCCUCUGUGUCUGGGCUGGUUUGACACGAAGACCGGUCUGUCCAAUCACGUGCGGGGUCACUUGAAGCGGAUCGGGAAGCCGAUCUCCGGCAUCAGCAAGUCUCCCCUCUGCAUCCUCACGGAGCUCCUCCAGGAUGAAGAGGAGCGCCGGAACGUUCUCUGCUCUCUCGACGACAGGCCCCACCUCUCCAGGCCGUUCAUUUCCCAGAAGUUUGUUGGCAGCGAGGGCCUGUUCCUGACACCCGCCGGCGUUCCCGUGAAGGUCCAGCGCUCCCUCGCCCUCUCGCCUGAACUGGGCCGUCUGCCCUCCGCAGACAGCAAGAGGAGGAAGAGGAGUGUGGAGGAGGCGCGUGGCGUCGGAGAGGCCCCGUCGAGCACUUUAGUCGACCUCCUUAUGAGAAGGAGGUUGGAGCAGGAGCUGAGGGUCCCGGAGCGCUCCGAGGCAGCCAGGACCCGAUUGGUCAGCCCCAGGUCCAAGAGCACACCCCCUGAAGAGCGUCACAAGGAGCUGGGCUCCACCUGUAGCCCAGAGAAGUUUGAAAUAAAUAAGAAAAUUUGCAUCCACUGCAAUGCAACUUUCCACAGUGCUGUCAGUCUGUCCAAUCACCUCCGAGCGUACGCACGGCGGAAAAGACUGGCCAUGCUGGACGGGACACCAUAUGACUGUAACCAGAAGCGGUCACGAUCGCGGCCCGGGCCAAAGAGGAAAGCCUUCUCGACUCCAUGCACGGCCUCUGACGUGACCUACACUCUGGCCUGCAGGUUCUGCGAUCUGGUCUUCCAGGGGCCGCAGUCUGUACAGGAAGACUGGGUUAAACACCUGCAAAGGCACUUAAUGCACACCAGCGUCCCGGGCACGGGCGUGGGUAUGGUGGAGGUAACGGCAGUGUGUGAGGACCUGGCUGAUCCCUCCCUGGAAAUGGUUCCUCUCACUACGCUCACUCAGGAGUUCUUCUAAACCUCGUUUACACAUCUGCUCCACACACCUUACUGCUCAGCCGAACAUGUACAUACACAGAGAUCGUGUAAAAGAACAUAUUCUAUAUAAACUGAGAGUACAGAAAGUAAAUCUAAAAUUAUACAUACAUACAUUCAUACAUACAUACCAACACACACACACACACAUAUAGAUGUAGAGAUAUUGAAAGAGAGAUCAGAAUAUAAUGCACAUGGAUCAUUUAUUCUUAUUUUUAUAUCUUCCUGUCUUCGAUUUGGCAUGCCACUGAAGGCACAUGCAAAUUUGGUCAGUGAUGCAUUGGUGAAGUAAACCGAUUUUUGUACUGACACAAAUAGUUGCGGGACAAAGAUGUGUGACCUGUUUUUAAACAACAGCUUCUACAGCUGCCGUUCAUUUCCUAUCAUAGGACAUUUCCUGUCUGUCCUUAUGUAACCUCAGCAACAUCAAAAGGGGCUCCGGACAUCCGGAUGUCUGCAGAUUUUAACCUUUUUAAAGACAUUCUUAGCAACUGUAAACUCUUCAAAGUGGAUAUUUUUCCAAACCGACAAGUAGACAAUUGAAGAACAUGCUUGAUCCCGAAUAACAACAACAACAACAACAACAACAAUAAUAAUAAUAAUAAUAAUAAUAAUGCAAUACCCAGUUUUGAUAUAAGAUCAUUUACGAUGCUUGGAUGUGUCGGAAGCACACUGUUCUGCUACUCUGCUGCACACUGCAGAACCUCCCGUAGAGACUGUUCCACUCUUAGGUAAGUUUGAAGUCAACUUUUAACGGGUGUCUUCAUUUAGUCGUCGUUUUUGAUGGUGCUCAUGUCUUAGACGUGCCACUCAGAAAGUUUAUAUUUGUGUCUCUGGGUGACGCAGUCUGCUAGCCAGUCCCUGCGUUGGGGUGUGUGGGGAGUUUCCAUGCGUCAAUCGUCCUGCAACAAACACAACGAUUUGCAGAUGUUUUUAUACCUGCCCUUUUACUUGGUAUAUUUUGGUUAAUUAGGGCCGUGCUGGCCGGAUGCAAAACGAAACGGUGGCUGCUUUUAAGAUCCCCGAGACAAAUCCAUAUAGAACUCGCAGAGAUGAAACUGUGGGACGAGUUUGUACCAUGUGAGUAGUUUGAAAGAUCUGAGGUCUGUUCAACGCCGCAUUGCCAAGAAUUCAACUAUAUACUCUUCUAUCCUAUACACAAACAAUAAAUUAAAAUGUCAUGUG